AUGUUUGAGCUGUUGUCGUCGCUCGGGUCGUGGGUGAAGCGACAGGAAAUCACGACCGACAAUGCAGUGUUCCGUUUGCAUUACAUGUUUACGGCAUUGUUGUUGCUUUGCUUCUCCGCCAUCAUCACGGCGUCGCAGUUCAUCGGCGACCCGAUCGAAUGUAUGGGCGACAAAUCCAUCCCGGGCAACGUUCGAAUGAUUGAACUUGAAAGUUCCUUUGGAUUGGUGAACCCGGCUGGCCAUGAAGACGAAAAGAAAUACUACACCUACUACCAGUGGGUGGUAUUUGUGCUUUUCUUGCAAGCUAUGCUUUGUUAUUUUCCCAAAUGGUUGUGGGACAUGUGGGAAAGCAAUUUGCUGUCCACCAUUGUUGUUGGACUAAAUUACGGCAUGAUCACUGAGGAAGAGAAGGAGUCGAAGAAGAAAACCUUGAUUGAUUACAUGCUGAAACAUAUCAAGCAUCACAACAUGUACGCCAUCAAGUACUUCUUCUGCGAAGUGCUUUGCCUCAUCAACAUCAUCGGCCAGAUGUACUUGAUGAAUGCCUUCUUCGACGGCGAAUUCAUGCAGUAUGGCCGGAAAGUGACUGACUUUUCGGACAUGGACCAAGACAAUCGCAUUGACCCCAUGGUCUACGUCUUUCCCCGUAUCACCAAAUGCACCUUCCACAAAUUCGGUCCUUCAGGCACCAUCAUGCGCAGCGACUUCCUCUGCGUCCUCCCACUGAACAUCUUCAACGAAAAGUCCUUUGUUUUCCUCUGGUUUUGGUACAUCAUCAUUGCGACCCUGUUGUCGGCGCUUGUCUUGUUCCGCAUUGCCAUCAUCGCAUUGCCGAGCACCAGGGCGCACAUUUUCCACUUCUACAACCGAAUCAUCUCCAAGGACACGGCGGCGGCCAUUUCGAGGAAAACGUCGCUCGGGGAUUGGUGGGUCAUGUUCAUGCUCGGCUCCAACAUGGACCCGCUCAUCUACCGCGAAGUCAUGUCCGAGCUCGCCAAGAAGAUUGAGAUUUCGUCGAGCAACAGUCUUUGAAAAGCGCUCCUGAUGCGAUUUAUUCCCCUCCCAUUGAUAUACAGGUCAAAUCUUUUUAUGAAUCAUGAUACCUUUUCAUGUUUUCUCGGUUCUUGUGUUUUUUGUGGAGGCCUUUGACUGAUUUCAGUCAAUGGCUCUUCACGCAGGCGCAUGAGGGCAUGUUGUGAAGACAUGGUUGAGCUAUUCCUAAUAAUUUUGUGGGAUAAUAGUACUGUACUUUGAAACAAUUCUACAAUUGAAGAGCGUGUUCAUGUUUGAAACCAUGUUUUUCCAUUUAUGGGAGCUCUGCAUAAUCUCACUUUUUUGAACUUAAAACUAACAUAUGCUGGGUUUCAAUUGCAUAACGAGGUUUGACCUGCUGUUCCCAGACAAAAAGAUAGAGAUGGAAGUGUUUUUUGCUCAGCUUGAACCAACCGACAAAAAAAGAGAGAAAGCUUCGGCAAUGAAACUGUUGGGACCAAAUAUGUUGUUGCUGCGUCUUCCAAAAAUUGUGUUCAACGCAAAGUACGCGAAACAAAUAUCUUCGUGAGAGCAAUAAUGUUGAACCGUUUUCAUCCGAAAAAUGUCUUUCGUGUAGAUUUCAGUCCGUGUUUCAACGGAUGAAUCUUUGACUCUUGAGAAAAGAAAAGCAGGGUAGCAACACUUUGGGGGACGAAUUUAAUCGAGGGAUUAAAUGUGAUGCAACUGGGAGCUGAAGCCGUUAUUUUCAAAAUGGGGUCGGAAAGAGAGAAAGGUGCGUGUAAAAAGAAACGAGGUUUGUAUAGAGGCGUCAUGAUGCUGCUUGUAAUUUGUCGAAAAUAAAUGGGUGUUUUUUUCUUGUUUUGCCUGAAGAUAAAUGCUCAUCCGUUUGCGAAGCAAGUCCAAUUAGCAAGCUUUGCCGGAGAAGGACUCUAAAAGCAAAAAGAAUCUUGAAAAUAUUGUUUCAGAAAUCCUUUGAGAUAUUAUUAGUGAUGAUCGUGGCUCUUGGGCGCAUUCAUUCAAUAUUUUUGGAUCUUGAUCCGCUUUGUUUUGGAAAAUGUGGUGUUAAGUGUCUUCUUUGGACAAGGGUGUCUUUUUUGUAAUUGAAUAAAUGGAUUUUAGAUGUCA